AUGUACAUGACCACAACUACAGCAAAUUUUGAUUUUGACCGACCUUCUACUCAAAAAAUCAGUUUUUCUGCUCAGAAAGCACUACACUCAAUGACAGCAUUCAACAUGACUCAGGAACCUACUUUCAAUGAGUUGUGUCUCUAUCACUUUAGGCAAUUCAUACCCUAUUUGAUAAUAUUUCUAUACCCCAUUGUCAUACUAUACAAGUUCAGAAGGGUCGAAGACUUGGCGGCAUAUGAAUCUGAACCAGAAUCAGAAUCAACCGAAUCAAUGGAUGAAGAGCAGUGGGUUGAUGACGACGACCAGUUUCAAUAUGUGCAUAACGAGCGUGUUAGACAGGAGACGGUUGAUAAACUGGCGGAUAUGAAGAGAGUUUCAGAUUUAUACUAUAAAUCUCCUGAGCAAAAGAGAGCCGAGGAACAGCAGGAAGAACUUGAGCGGUUGAUAACGGAGGAGCCUGAUUCAGAAGAUGGCGGUAUUGGAGAUAGAGUUAGACAGAGACGGAGUCCUUCUGCGAAGAGUCAUGAAAAUGUUGAAGGGGCGCCGGGGGCUAGGAAGAGGGGGAGGCCUGCUAAGAAUUAA